AUGCACACAGAAAAAGAAAAGCAACCCCCUUGGCUUCCAGGGACAGAUGUUCCUGCCUUGCUCUGCUGUGGUUUUGUGAGGAAGUGCAGCACUGGUCCAUGUGAAACUUGCUCUUCUUGAAGGAGCAGCGUGUCCGUGAUGGACAGUGCUGGGGACAGCAUGGCCCAGCCCCCCAGCCGGGUCAAGGUGACUGUCACCGUGUACAAGGACCUGGUCCUGCAGCACUACGGCUUUGAGAUCUGCCCGGGCCUUCCCCUGACCAUUGCAUCCGUCACUGCAGGGAGCACGGCCGAGGGCAAGCUGCAGCCGGGCGACCAGCUGCUCGCCAUCAACUCCAGCGCGGUGGACGGCGUGUCUGUGGAGCGGGCAGCCAGCAUCAUCAGGGACGCUGGCGACGAGCUGCUCCUGACCGUCCUGCGCUGCUCGUCCGGUGGCCCCAAAUCAUCGUUCCUCACGGCAGAGAAGAGGGCGAGGCUGAAAACGAACCCCGUCAAAGUGCGGUUUGCGGAGGAGGUGCUGCUGAACGGACACUCGCAGUGCCUGCUGGAUUCUGCUGUGCCACUGGGAAAGGAACAGUGCUCCCUGACCACGUGCAGCCGCUGCACUGCCCGGAGUGUUAUGGGGAGUUCCCUCCUGUUCAUGCCCAAUGUUCUCAAGGUGUACCUGGAGAACGGACAGACAAAGGCAUUCAGGUUUGAGAGGACCACCACUGUGAAGGACAUCGUGCUGACCCUGCAGGAGAAGCUGUCCAUCCACAGCAUCGCCCACUUUGCGCUGGUGCUGGAGGAGCAGUACAACCUGGCCAAGAUCCACCUACUGCAUGAGGAGGAGCUCAUUGCACAGGUGGUCCAGAAAAGAGACUCUCAUGACUACCGCUGCCUCUUCAGAGUGUGCUUUGUGCCCAAGGAUCCCUUGGACCUCCUGCAGGAAGACCCAGUGGCCUUUGAAUAUCUGUACCUGCAGAGCUGCAGUGAUGUGCUCCAGGAGAGGUUUGCUGUGGAGAUGAAGUGCAGUGUGGCGUUACGCCUGGCUGCUCUGCACAUACAGGAGAGGAUCUACGCCUGUGCUCAGCCACAGAAAGUGUCCCUGAAAUACAUUGAGAGGGACUGGGGAAUUGAGAACUUCAUCUCCCCCACCUUGCUUCGAAACAUGCGAGGGAAGGACAUCAAGAAAGCCAUCAGUUACCACCUGAAGAGGAACCAGGUGCUGCUGGACCCUCGGCAGAAGCACACACUCACAGCAGCCCAGGUGCGCCUGAGCUACCUGCAGAUCCUGGGAGAGCUGAAGAUGUACAGUGGGAAGAUCUUCAAUGCCACCAUGAUGCUUCAGGACAGGGAGUCAUACGUGGCACUGCUGGUGGGUGCCAAGCACGGCGUGAGCCAGAUCAUCAACAGCAAGCUCAACAUCAUCACCAGCCUGGCUGAGUUCCCCAGCAUCAGCAGGGUGGAGCUCAGCGAGGAGUCAGAGCGAGUCAGCACCGUCAAGAUCUACCUGCAGGACCUGAAGGUGCUUACUCUGCUGCUGGAAUCAAACAGUGCAAAGGAUCUUGUCUGCCUCAUCGUUGGGUACUACAGACUCUUUGUGGAUGCAAACGUCUCCAUAUUUACCUGGGGAGAGAAAAAACAGCAACUGCACCGUGUCUCAGCUGAAGAAGGGUAUGAAUCCCGAGCCUGCAGCGACUCUGAGGAUUCCUGUGAUUCCUCCUCGGAGCGUCGCAGGGGCAGCCGUGCGGCGUGCGGCGGUGCGGAGGGGCAGGGCGAGCCCGGCAGCCCCGGGGCGAGCGGGGCAGAGCCCCGGGCUGGAAGGGGUGACCCUCGGCACGGCGGUGACAUCGCCACCGACAGCGCGUCUGAGGCGUCCGACUCGGCCAACACCGAGAGCCGGGGCUUCAAGACAAGCGGCUCCAGCGACUCCGUGGAUGCGCUGGAGGAAGAUGAGCUGGAAGCGUGCUCUUCCUCCAGGCCGGGGCUGUUCCACUUCUACACGCCGACCGUUCAGGAGAUGAGCAGCUCGGACAGGAGCUUCGUGCCGGUGUGUGCGGCGGGCAGUCCCGGCGGGGCAGGAGCCGGGGAUUAUUUUUGCUUCCUGCAGGUGCCGCCGGGGACCGGGGGCAGCCCCGCGGGCCCGGGGCUCGGCACCGGCACCGGGCACAGCGACCUCGUCCUGCGGCCACCGCCGGGCUUCGGUGACUCCAGCUCCGAGGAGGAGUUCUACGAUGCUGCGGACAGGCUCAGCCCUCCGGACACGCUGGCAGGCUCUGAUAUGGCAUCCUCGGAGGGUACAGACACUGCUUCCUGCAUCCCCAAGAGGCUGAGGUGCUACAGCUUGGGGGAGAACCCAUCGAUGAGGGAGAAGCACGGGCAGGAGAAGGAUCUGACCUGCACCAAGAGCCUGAGGAAGAGAAGGUCUUUCCUGGAAACUGACUACACCUCACAGGUCAGUUUCCCUGCGGCUCUUCCAGGCUCUCCACAGCGCUGCUGCUCCUGGCUGCCCACUCAGCCCUCUGCAGAGGACACAGGGAAGGACAAGGAGAUGAGGCUUCCUUUGGCCACCCCGGCCCAGAGGGACACUGCUGGUACAGACCCCUGCUCUGAUCUGAUGGACGUGAAGCCUGACACCACGGAGACAAAGCCAGGGAUGGAACAGCUGGUUUCCUCCAUUUUGUACAUUCACCACCCUGGUGACCACUGUGGGGAGGAGGACAGGAGCCUGCAGCCACAACACACCCCUGUGCUGUCCCUGGAGCCCCUAUCCAGAGGGCAGAGUGGGGCUGCCCAGGAAAGCUCCCCAGUGGAGGCAGAUCCAGGAUGUCUGAGUGAGGAGAGCUGUGCACCCACCAGGGGCUGCCAGACCCAGGGGGCACAGGAGGAGGGGGCUGAGCUGGUGGCCACCCAGCACAAGGCCACUGUUCUGCCCUCUGCUGUGGCCACUGCAUGCCCCUCUGCUGCGCUCCUGCCACCAGCUCCUGGUCCCAGCACGGCCCCUGCCCAGGAGCUGGCCCAGGAGGGGCUGCUCCCUGCGAGUGUGGAGCCUUCCCUGGCUCCCUGUCAGAGGAGCAAAGCCGCUGGUCAGAGCUGUGUCAGGGGCGAGGGCCAUCCUGAGGGUCAGAGCUGUGCCCACAGCACCAGCCAGGGAGCCAUGUCCUGGGCCAGGACCCCCCAGGUGCUGCAGGGGGAGACCCUGAGGAAAGUGCACCAAGGGCACAGGGCCUUCCCAGAGGCAGCCCAGCUCCUGGCGGAUUGUGGCAGUGCCCCGGGGGUUCUCACCCGCCUCUCCUGGCUCUCGUUCGGGGUCAGGACAGACCCUGUGCCACACAGCCUGCAGCAGGACAGCGUGGAUGACCCACGUGAGCCUUUGGCCUGUCUGACCACCAGCAGGUGCAUGGGGGCCAGUGCUGUUGGAAGGAAGAUGCCAACAUGCCCGGUAGGAGCAGGCUUUGGCCAGGAGCUGGUUAGCAGCACAGAGCUGGGUGCAGAGCCCACAAGAGAUGCAGGAAGUGUGGUGCAGCAGGAUCCCCAGCUUGCACAGGCUCCAGGGCUGGGGAAGGACUCUAGCCUGGCUCCCUCUGCAGCGAUUUCCAUCUCCUCGGUCCCAGCUCCCUUGGGGAAAGGAGCAGGAGCCUGCAGGGCUGCCAAACGCUCCUUGCGGUGUUUUAAGCCCGAGGAGGGUGAGCAGAGCCCUGCACCCCCUAUCUUAGCACCUCGGGGGUUGGACAGCUGUGGCUGCCAGCUGCCCUACAUCAGCUGCUUCCCCCAGCCCCACAGCCAAGGGGAACGUGAAGCCAGCCCCCCCCAGCUGCCAGGGCCCCUCACCACCCCCCCAGCCAGCAGCUCCCGGCUUCCCAGGACGCCUGGGAGCAGUUUCCCAGUGUCCAUUGCUGGGGAUGUGGCAGGGCAGGACCCCCACAUCCGAGUGCUGGGCCAGCUGAAAGACCAGGCAUGGAUGAGCCCUGCGGAUUUCUCCCACUUCCUGGCCUACACCGUGGAGCUCCAGGAGGUUGUAGGGAAGCUCUGUGGGAACCAGGCAACCCACCUGCAUGACCAGUGUGCAGAGCAGGGUGCCGAGAGCAAGGGUGCCCUGGGCUGGGCUUCCCAGGACCUGCUGUCCAGCUGCCAGGCACUCCUGAGCACAGAGCAGCCCCUCACGGAGGUGCAGUGUGCACUGAGAGCAACAUUUGACCGCCUGGUUCACCUGGCAGUGACCUGCUUCCAGGUGACACACUGCUGGCAGUGCAGGCAGAGACAGCAGGAGCUGGGAGCUGCGCUGGGGGAUGUGGUGGGCACGUACCAGCAGCUGGUGCAGGCUCUGCACCAGCAGCUCCAUGGCCAGGUCUGCCCUGAGCUGGGCACGAAGCUCCUUGUUCGCCAGCACACGGCCCUGGCAGCUGCCAUCUUCUGUCUCCUGCAGCAGUUCAGGGCAUCCCCGUUGCUGUGA